AUGCAUCGACGUUCUACUGCAACAUCAAUGGCUUUAACCAAUGCUAAGAACCGGCGGUUUAGUCUCGAUCAGACGAAUAUUUCGCCUACAAUUUACUGUGAAGGCUACGCACGUAUUAAACGUCGUAAUGUUUUGACUUGGAACACACGUUUUCUUGUCCUAAGUAACACGCAAUUACUUUUCUUUCAGAAUAAACACGACGCCAGCUAUCGUCGUAAUGUUGUGGAUUCUCAGGAACUUGUCAGUGGUUGUGUAUCUCCCAAGAACGUCCUGGGCAUCGAAUUUACUUUUGCAGAUGGCCGGGAACUAGUCGGUCGUGUAUUUAAUCGUGCCGAUCAGGCACAAUGGGUGUCAGCCUUUUACCAAUUGGCAAUGAAGAGUGACGUGUGUCGCAGUAAAAGCGUAUCCAUGGAUGAGAACGACAAGACUGCGACUGUCAAGCGUCGUGUCUCGUUCUUUGGCAGCGUCUUGGUCCGUACGAUCCCAACCGUGCCAGAGAAUCAAGUACCUGAGCUUUUUUACAGCAAGAAAGACGUGGCAAAGUUCUCCGAGCGAGCCUCGAGUCUACUGGGUCGCACAGAAGAUGCCGUGUCCUUGGUAUUUCAAAAACCGUGGUACUGA